AUCCUUCCAAUAAUCUCAAAGAUGGAAUCGGUCUCUUCUUGGGGAAACACGCCUCUUGUCUCCAUCGAUCCGGAGAUCCACGACCUAAUCAAGAAGGAGAAACAUCGGCAAUGUCGAGGAAUCGAACUUAUGGCAGCCGAGAAUUUCACUUCCUUGGCUGUCAUGGAAGCUCUAGGAAGUGCCUUAACCAACAAAUACUCGGAAGGUAUGCCUGGUAAUCGUUACUACGGAGGUACCGAAUUCAUCGAUGAGAUCGAGAGUCUCUGCCGCUCACGCGCUCUCGAGGCUUUCCAUUGUGAUCCAGAGAAAUCGGGCGUUAAUGUUCAGCCUUACUCUGGUUCUCCUGCCAAUUUCGCCGCCUACACCGCCUUGCUCCAGCCUCAUGAUCGUAUCAUGGGGCUUGAUCUGCCUUCAGGUGGUCAUUUGACUCACGGUUACUAUACCUCUGGAGGGAAGAAUAUAUCCGCUACCUCGAUCUACUUCGAAAACCUUCCAUACAAGGUGGAUUCCACCACUGGUUACAUUGAUUACGACAAGCUUGAGGAGAAAGCAAUGGAUUUUACGCCUAAGUUAAUCAUCUGUGGAGGUACUUCUUACCCUGGGGAAUGGGAUUACGCGAGAUUCAGGGCUGUCGCCGACAAGGUUGGAGCUUUUUUGCUCUGUGAUAUGGCUCACAACAGCGCCCUCAUUGCUGCUCAGGAAGCCGCAGACCCGUUCGAGUACUGUGACGUUGUGACAACCUCAACUCACAAAAGCUUGAGAGGUCCAAGGGCUGGUAUGAUCUUUUAUAGAAAGGGCCUUAAACCAGCCAAGAAGGGUCAACCCGAGGGUGAAGUCUACGAUUUUGACGAAAAAAUCAACUUUGCGGUAUUUCCUGCGCUUCAAAGUGGUCCUCAUAAUAACAAGAUCGGUGCUCUAGCUGUUGCGUUGAAGCAGGCUAUGGCUCCUGGCUUCAAGAUUUAUGCAAAACAAGUGAAAGCCAAUGCUGCUUGCCUUGCAAACUAUCUAAUGGACAAGGGAUACUGGAUUGUAACCGGUGGAACUGAUAACCACCUUAUUCUUUGGGAUCUUCGUCCUCUUGAAUUGACCGGUACACCCGCAAUGACAUCGAGAGGAUUGGUGGAGAAGGACUUUGAGCAGAUAGGAGAAUUCCUGAGCCGUGCAGUGACACUAACAUUGGACAUCCAGAAGACAUACGGUAAGUUGUUGAAGGACUUCAACAAGGGUUUGGUGAACAACAAAGAUCUUGAUCAGCUCAAGGCUGACGUCGAGAAGUUCUCGGCCUCGUAUGAGAUGCCUGGAUUCCUCAUGUCUGAGAUGAAGUACAAGGAUUAGAGAUCUCUCUCUCUCUCUAUAUAUAUAUGCAAGAGUGUUCUCCCGGGGAAGGUUGCAAUUGUCCAGAUAUGUGUCGAGAAUAAUUCUUGUGAUGUUAUGCACAUUAUCAAUUCUGACUCAAACUUCUUAUUGAGGAUUCAGCUAUCAUAAAGGUUUGUUAACUUUUAAAGUGAUCAAUGUUCGUGUUGGAUGCCAUGGAUAUGCUCACACUUAACUUAGUUCUUAUAUGUAUAUAGGUUUGUUGUUGGAAUUGAUGGUGAUUCUGUGAAGCUUUCCAUGACCAUGGUGUGUCCAUCAAAGAUGUCGAAGAUCUUUCAGAUUUAGCCAACAGAAAAACUUGGCGGAGAUACUAAAAAAUGAGAAUGAGG